CAACUUGACUGAUAAUUUGAAAUAGUGGUUUCUUUAUCUACAAGACAACAUGGACGGCAUUUUAGAGAGAAUUUAUUUUUAUAUUUAUUAUGUUAUAUUUAUUCUAAAAUUUAAAGUGACUUCUUUCUUCCAAGCAACUGAUUUCUUAUAUCUCUACCCGGUGACUGGCAUUUCGAUAUUUCUCUCUUGGAUUCUGGGAAGUCACAAUUGCUCGUAUGUCUGGAAUAUCUUCCCUUUCUUAGGUUUGAGUUUGUUCCUUAAAGUAAGGAAUUAUGCAAAAGUUCAACAGUUAUUUCAUCACAAUCGCGACGACAGUUUUCAACAAGAAACACUGAAAUGGGUAAAUUUCCUACUAAACAAAUGGUUCGUCUUCUCCUCUGAUUAUUUAAACCAAGUUAUGAAGACAAGCAUUAACACAAGGCUGCAGAAAGCUAAGCUCUCUUACGCUGAGAAUUUAAAAGUCAUUUCCUGUCAUCUGGGAACACAAACUCCUGAACUGACAAAUCUCCGAGUGUCGGAAAUAAAGAAUCCAUAUUUUCAAACGUUUCAUGACCUACGAGGCUUCUCACAUCUGCAACUAGUACAAUUCCUACCUUCUUAUCAGGUUAAAGUUGAGGCAGCAGUAACUCUGAACUCAAAGGACUUAAAACUAAAACUACACGGACACUUUCUGACAUCAUUCUUCGACAUGGAUACUGACGUGCUAUUGGAAGGACUUUCUUUACACGGCAACAUUCAGAUCAUUCUCAGCUUAUCCAAAGAAAUCCCAUUCCCACAUAUCUCGAAAGCAACUUUUUGCUUUACAGAAAGACCAAAACUUAAUUUUAAUGUCUAUAUUUGGACGUACUUGAACUUGAUGAAGAUGCCCUUUAUUAGCUCGGAAAUACACAAUAGUCUUAUGGCAGAGCUAAGUCGACAAGUGAUCUCCCCUGCAAGCCUUGACAUUGACUUGGGAUCUUUCUUGAGUUAACAACUUAGCAAUACUUUAAACUUAACAAGUUGAUAGUUUUGUGUGUCCUUAAGUGAAUUCAUAAGACGAUGUUGGGUGACAUUGUGAUCAAGAUUAAUGCAUUGUUGUAGAGUAGGCAUAAUCCGUAGUCCGUAAAAGGACUAAAAAAACUCUUAAUUAGGUUCACUAUAUAAAAUCUCUGUGGCAUUUUACGUCUGGAGAGACGAUCUUUUCCCUUUGCAACUUUAUGUGUGACUAAAGAGGCCAAUCCUUGAUAGACAGCUGCGAUCGCAGGUCAGGCAUCUGUAAUCACCAGGCGCCGUUGAACUUUUCUUUCUACUACUGUUGUGAAUGGCAUGUGCAGUCCAGGACCCCUUCCUUUAAGGUCGCUCUCCAUGUGGAUCUAUCCAGUGCUCCUUUUUCCCAGCUGCUAGUGUCGAUUUUGAAGAGCUUCAUGUCGCGUUUGCAUACAUAUAAAAUAUUUAUGUUCAUAAUACCACACAAUGAAUGGUAUACAAAAAAUAGUGCAUGAAUAACGUCUGUGUGACUCAUUAGCAAGUUUCUAUAAAGAAAUUAUAGCGUAGCUGAGUUAUUUAUUUUCAGUGUGUCCAGCGUGUCAGAAGGUCAUGUCUAGUGUGUGCGUGUGUUUGUGUGUUUAUAGUACUUCAACAAUGUGAGACGUGCAUGUAUUCGUUCACUGUUGACUGUAGCCUAAUCUUGUUGAAUAAAGCCAAGAUAGUGGU